AUGGACGACCUGCUCGACCUCGACUUUGCAUCGGCGGGCAAGUCGCAGCCCCAGCAGCCCGCGAACCAGAACCCGCAGGCGCGAUAUGGCGGCGGACGGAGCGCGUUUGACUACCUCGCCGCAUCUGGACAGUCGAGCGCGCCACCUGCACGAACUCCGACGCCUCAGCAAGCUCGGGCGCCUACACCGCAGGCGCAGGCGGGCGGAGGGGACGCGUUCGCAGGCCUCUUCGGCACGUCUUCCAACUCGACUGGUGCGGGAACGAACGGGUUGAGCAUGGCGGAGCGCCUGCACAAGGAGAGCGCGGCGAAGAUUGGAGGGUACGGCGGAGCGAACGGGCUUGCUGCUGGGAUCAACUCGUUCGGGAGGUCGAGUCCCGUCAGUGCAGGAGCAGGCGCCUCGAGGUCAGGGUCGCCUGCUCUCCAGCCAUCGAUGCGGGUGGCCUCGCCCUCCUCCUCUCUCAACCCCACUUCCCGAACAGCUUCGCCAGCCGCUCAACCAGCUGCGAAGUCGCCCGACCCGUGGGACUUUGACCUUCUGUCGACAGCAGUGCCGGCGAAACCCGUUUCCCCAGCUCCCACCGUUUCACCUGCUCCGACUGUUCAUGCUUCCGUUCCUUCCGCACCGGCAGACGACCCAUUCGACCUUAGGUUCGACUCGCUGCCGGCAGCUUCUAGCUCGAAAAAGACCCCUGGACCCGCUGCGAGCGCCGCAACAGACGAUUUUGACCUCCUCGACGCCUUCGCCGCACCACCCGCCUCUCUCCCUCUCCGUUCAUCCCCUUCGCCCGCUCCCUCCCCAGCACCUACACCCCAACCUACGUCUUCAUCACGACCUUCGUCCGAUUCGCCUCCUCCCCAUGUCCUCGGCCAGCUCGUCGAGAUGGGCUUCUCACCCUCGUCUGCCUCGGCCGCUCUUUCCGCAACGCGCGGUCCCGCAGGCGACUGGGACAUCGAUGCGGCCGUUGACGCGCUAGCGGAGGAGCAGAAAGCGAAGGAGGCGAGAAGAAGGAAGCAGAAGGAGCUGGAUGAGUGGGGGGAUGAGGAUAAUGUAAGGGUUGGACGGAGGAGGAGCUGGGAAUUUGAGGACGAGGAUGAGCGGGGAGAGGCGGAGGCUCGGCAGCGGCGAGCACAGCAGGCUGAGCAGGAGCAGCGGCCACGGCAGCGAGCGAAGAAGCCGGGUGAAGCGCAGGCGAACGGUCGCGAGGCAGGCUCGUCUCGCGCACAGCAAGACGCGGCUGCCGCUGCUCGUGAGCAGGCCAAGGUCCUCCAGGAACAGGCGACCGAGAUGCUUGCGCAGGCGCAGAAGAUUGGCUUCAGCAUGUUCAAGAGCGCCAAUGCGUAUUGGGGCGAGGGGAAGAAGGUGCUGCAGAAGAAGAUCGAGGAGCAGCGGAGCGCGAUGAAGGCUGCGCCGGGUGCGGAGCGAGCGGACGGACGGCCGAAGUGGUGGAGAGAGGGGAUGGACGAGGAAGGAGCGGAGGCCAGCGCGGAUGGGCCAGGAGCGGGACGUGCGCGGGAAAAGGCGGCGACGUUCAAGGACAGCGACGACGACGAGGAGCGACCAGAGUCGGUGCUCUCUCAAGGACCACGACAGGCCCAGCAACAGGCACCGCCUCGACGACCUGAACCAGCCGCGCCCGCGUCAAGCGAGUACCGCUCGCCCUUCCGACGGGCAAAGCCUGCCGCCACUCCGCCACCUCCAGGCGAAGCCGACCUCCUCUUCGGCCAUGCACCCGCAACUUCUUCACCUGCUCCCGCCGUCGCCCGCUCGACACCUUCUCCCCGUCCUCGCUCGACGCCUUCGCCUGCUCCGCGCCGACGUGCCGUCACCCGCCCUCACGUCGCCAUUUCGCCCUCCGCUCUCACUUCCGCCUCGAAGCACAAGACCACUGGAAACGACCACUUCAAGCUCGGCCGGUUCGGCGACGCGACAGCCGCGUACUCGCUCGCGCUCGACUCGCUGCCCGAAGGCUGGCUCGGUCGCGUUCCUCUCCUCAACAACCGCGCACAAGCGCGUCUACGCAGUGGCGAGGAGAAGGCUGCGGCUGCCGAUUGCACCGAAGCGUUCGGGAUCCUCGUCGCAGUCACGAGCGGCGAAAUCGACCUCUCCUCCCUCGACUCCGAAGCCGCUUCUCUUCCAGCCGAAGUCACGCAGCUGUACGCUGGCGGAGCAGCAGUCGACCUGAAAGACCAGCUCGGCAAGGCGCUCGGGCGACGAGCGAAGGCACUCGAGGCGGACGAGAAGUGGAAGAAGGCGCGCGAGGACUGGGAGACGAUCCUCAAGCUCGGCGACGAGUCCGUCACUCGGGGCGCAGGAGGCGUCAAGAUGGUCAGCGACGGCGUUGCGCGGUGCAGGAAGAUGAUCGAGGGUCCCUCUGCUCCUUCGAGUGCGCCGCCUACUUCCCGCUCUUCCCCUGCUCCCGCCGCGGCCCGACCAAAACCUCGGUCGCCCGCUCCGCCUGUCGAAGGCUCCGGCGAAGCUGUCAAGGCGCUGCAGGCUCAGCAAGCUGCCGCCGCUGCCGAGGACGACAUGCGCCUCGAGCUGAAGGACCAGGUCGACGCGAGGAUCGCGGCGUGGAAGGGCGGCAAAGAGACGAACCUGCGAGCGCUCAUCGCGAGUCUCGAUUCGGUGCUUUGGCCAGAGCUAGGGUGGAAGACGGUCGGGAUGCACGAACUUAUCAGCGACAACCAGCUCAAGGUGCGAUACGUUCGGGCCAUCUCGAAGGUCCACCCGGACAAGCUCAACGCCAGCAACACGACUCUCGAGCAGCGCAUGAUCGCUGCGCUUGUCUUUGCCUCCCUCAAUGACGCCUGGAACGGCAUGAAGUAG